AUGUUCAGCCCACCGGUAUAUCUUUCCGUCGGCGACGAGUACGACAAGCGCGAGGGGGUCGCGAAGGCAACAGGGCAGCCACCGUUCGUGGUCUCCGCGAAGCGUAACCCGCACAUCACCGAUGCCACCUUCGACCCCUUCGUGUCGCUCUCGAAUGGUGACCCGUACACCUCCGUUGGCUUUGCUGGACCCUUCCGCGCGAACACUUCGGCGGGCAGCAAGGCAGGGCACGGCAACAGCGCCGCAGCCCCACCGCCGUUCCGCCCCGUCGGGGCCAGCAAGAAGAGCAGCGGCAAGGGUGACUACUACGGCACCUUCAAUGAGAAGGCACCGAUCCGUCACGAAACCGAGUUUCCGCCCAUCAAGACGGCCGCCGACUACAAGGCCGAGACAGCCGCAGCGAAGUGCAACUUCAUCGUGAACCCGCCCAAGAAGGGCACAUAUGGCUACACCGGCCUCACCAUUGGGCAGGCAGGCGAGGUGCAGUACGUGGCGGACCCAUACGAGGGCAACAUGCGCCGCGAGGCGCUCCAGAGAAAGUAUGAAGCAACGAAGUGCGUCGGCUCGCCCUUCCGCAGUGCCGUCCGUUCCGGUGGCUGCUUCGAUGAAACCAAGCACGGCGUGAGUCGCGUGUACGGUUUGACGAAGCCGCUGCCUCCCAAGCGCAGCCCAUCAUCGCAGGAGGCGAUCUCUAGCGCCACUGCUGGCCGCAAGCCGUGGGUGCCUGGCGGCGCCCUUGUUCCUGACUUACUGAAGCAGCCGGAGUACCAGGAGGACCCGUACGACGUGAAGGAACAGAAGGUGCGGGCAAUGCGCCAGAAGGACAGCGCCUACAAACCAUGGAUCCCGGCCGGGAACGACCCGUACCGGUACAUCUACACGAAGCCCAUCAACUACGACCCUCCCGCAGUUGUGUAA